AUGGACCCUCCUGAAUGCAGCGGACAUAGUCAUGACCACGACCAUGGCGAUGAUCUUGGACGCAGUCUCCGACCCUAUGUUGACUUUUCGAAAACGAUUUGCUUGAACGAGGAAGUUCGGGGAUCAGGGAUAGAUGUGAUUAAGCUUCAUGAGGAUCGCCUCAGCGAAUAUCCAUCAGUUCGUUCGCCGGAAGAUGAUCCUGAGUUGAUACUACACAUAAUGUUCACCGAAGCGGUGACUGUCCAGUCCAUUGCCAUUCGAAACGCAAGCAACAAUAGGGAGACAGCAUCACCCAAGCGGAUUAAAAUUUUCACAAAUAGAGAUCAAAUUGAUUUUGAGACGGCUAGGGAGAUGUCAGCACAGCAAGAAUUGGAUUUGCUGCCCCCACAUCACGUCAUAGAUGGGACGGUGGAUUACCCUUCUCGCCCCGCAGGUCGAUUCCAAAACAUUAGUUCGUUGACAAUAUUUUUUGUUGAUAACUACGACAGUUCUGGAGAAAUGGGAACUGAGAUAACGUUUGUUGGUCUGAAAGGGAAAGGGUCGGGAAUAAAGCGACAAGCUGUUGAAGCUGUUUACGAAUCUCGAGGAAUGCGAGCAGACCACAAGGUACGUGGCGAGUUUGGUGCAGCAAACAUUCUUUAG